AUGAGGGCUGCGGGGGGCGCGGCGCUGGCGGCGCUGGUGGCGAGCGCCGUGACCGCGGUGGCGCUGGCGGUGGCGGCCUGGCGGCGGGCCCGGCCCGUGCGGGAGGUGCUGUUCUUCCCCUCGCGGCCCUGCUGCAUCGAGGCGCUGCUGGCCGAGGCGGCCGAGCCCGGAGCGCCCGCCCGGCCCUGCCCGUGCCCGCUGCCCAGCGGCGACACCGCCCUGAGCCGCCUGGUGCGCCGCCUCCUCUCCGCCCGCCGCUCGCUCGACCUCUGCCUCUUCUCCUUCUCCUGCCCGCAGCUCGCCCGCGCCGUGCAGCUCCUGCACCGCCGCGGGGUCCGCGUCCGCAUGGUCACGGACGCGCAGUACAUGGGGAUGUACGGCUCCCAGGUCGGCCGCCUGCGCCACGCGGGGAUCCAGGUGCGCCACGACCAGCACAGCGGGUACAUGCAUCACAAGUUCGCCAUCGUGGACCGGAGGAUGCUCAUCACAGGCUCCCUCAACUGGACCGCCCAGGCCAUCCAGAGCAACCGGGAGAAUGUGCUGGUGGUGGAGGACGUCGAGUAUGUGAAGGCUUUUCAGGAUGAGUUUGAAAGGAUUUGGGAAGAGUACAAUCCAGCCAAUUACAUUUUUUUUUCCAAAAAGCAGUGAAUGAUUGAGCUGCCUCGCAGGGAAAGUGCAGCAUGGCAACAGCCACAGAUUUUAUUAUUAUGUGUGGACAUCAUUGUUUUGUCCAUGUGGGUGUAACUUUGGUAAAUGUCUCACAGAGAAGUGGUGUUCUCUGCCCUAAAAUGCCAUGGAUCCCUUGCUGUGGGUCAUUCCCGUGCUAGAGGGAAUGACACAACUGUUUGGUUGUGAGGGUGGCAGUGGCAGAGCUGCACUCACAGGCAUUAAGACUUUGGGCAGGCUCCUGCUGUGCCCUGUGCAGACCAGGUGUGUUCAUACAAUGCUCCGCAGGUGUUUCAGUUUCCCAUCUCGGGAUAUGAAAUGGAAUUGUAGCCAGUUCCAAAUGGAAUUGUAGCCCGUGGGCUCCUCUACACGGGUAACUAAAGGAGAAGUAAAGAGGCUACAGCAGAGUUAAGAGUUUCUAUAGAUUAAGUGCCUCGGUUGCCUUUCUUGUUGGCAUUAAUUGUUGAAAGUUGGUAAAAGGAAUAAAUAGCAAAGGUAAUAGCAAAAAA